GCAGGGUUGCAAAGUGGUGGGCUGUGCUGGCUCAGAUAGCAAGGUUGCAUAUCUGAAAAAAAUAGGCUUUGAUGAAGCCUUCAAUUACAAGAUGGUUUCUUCCUUGGAUGAAGCACUGCGUAAAGCCUCUCCUGAUGGCUAUGACUGUUUCUUUGACAAUGUGGGUGGAGAAUUUGCCAGUAUUGCUAUCAACCAGAUGAAGAAAUAUGGAAGGACUGCAGUCUGUGGAGCCAUCUCUCAGUACAAUGACUCUGUGCCUCAGAAAGGGCCUUAUAUUCGGUUUCCAAUGAACUUCAAGGAACUUAGCAUGAAAGGGUUUAUCGUGAGCAGCCGGAGUAACCGCCGGGAGGAAGGUGUGAAUGCACUGCUCAAAUGGGUUCUGGAGGGGCAGGACUGGUGACCUAUCUGAAGAAAGAAUUGCCAGGUAGUGUUCCUGUCUCUUGUAAAUGAUUUGUUAGAAUAACUGGCUUCAGCCAGCUAGCAGUGCACCUUGUUGCCAUGCCGUUGUGGUGGUUCUUCCCUCUCAGGCAGCCUGGCCUAGCUCUGGGCACUCACCCAUCACUCAACACCCACCCAAUCAGUGUCUCAAGAGAAUUCAUCUUUACUCAGUAUUGCCCAAGCGAGCCAGGAGAUUGGAAAUCUAUAAAGAAUAGACCACGGACUAACAGUUUUGAUUUUGAACAAAAUCUAAAUGCUUUAUUAACAUUUCAACAAUUUU